AUGGGAGGCUGCUUCUCUUCGAAUCAAGGCAUGGGCGGUGGCGGUCUCGGUCCGCGCCCGCAUCAGGGCGGCGGCGGGCUAAGCAACGUGGUUGGCAACGCCCUCAGUGGCGGAGGAGGUGGUGGAGGUAGAUACGGGGGAGGAGGUCAUGGGGGAGGCCAUGGGGGAGGGCUAGGCGGCGUGGUAGGGAACGCGCUGAACAGUGGAGGUGGCGGACAUCAUGGAGGAGGAGGAAUGGGCGGUGGUGGUGGUGGAUUGGGAGGCAUGGUAGGGAACGCGCUGAGCGGUGGAGGUGGAGGACACCACGGAGGUGGAGGACAUCACGGAGGUGGAGGAAUGGGCAGCGGUGGUGGUGGUGGAUUAGGGGGUAUGGUAGGCAGUGUCCUCGGCGGGGGAGGAGGUGGUUCCGGUGGAUAUUCUGGCGGAGGUGGUGGUGGCUAUGGGGGUAGCCAUGGUGGAGGUGGUUUUGGAGGGCACCAUGGAGGUCAUCACGGAGGAGGUGGUGGCUUUGGGGGCAUGGGAAGUGGUGGCUCUGGUGGCUUUUCAGGCCCCGGUGGAGGAGGAUACGGCGGUAAUGGCGGAGGCUUUGGAGGAAUGGGUGGUGGUUCUGGAGGGAGAUUCGGCGGCAGCGGAGGAGGAUAUGGAGGGUCUGGUGGUGGUGGCUUUGGGGGUCCAGGGGGAGGUGGUGGCCGAUGGUAA